CUGAGGUUGUCAUGGAAGUCUGCAGAGAACUUCUCAUUAAACAAGAAAAAAGCAGCGGCAGCAGCAGCAGGAAGUCAUUUCCCGGAAUCCGGGAGGAAACAUGAGUCACAAGCCUGCAAAGUGAGCCCUGCGUGGCCACUGUGGCCCUAGCCCAGAAGGCCUGGAGUGCAGGACCAGCCAUCAGAGCUGCUCCAGGCCAGCCUGUAUAGACAUGCCUGCUGCCCAGGCUGACGCAGGCUCCAGGAAUGCAAACAAAGCUGGGCGGAGGGGCCUUCUGAGGGCCGGGGCACUGGGCCAGGAAGGAGGCAGGGGGCCUGCAGGAGAGGCCUGUGGAGGGACCUCGGGCCUCAGACAAGCCCCUCUCUGGUGUCCUUGAAGCCCAGGGCACCUGGCUAGUAGGGCUUCUAACUAUAGGUGUGACCUGGCCCAGCACUGCCAGCACUGGCUUUCAGGCUCUUUGUAGGGCAGGGGCAGGAGUUGCUCCUAGAUCAGAGGUUCUCAAAGUUGGUCCCUGGGCCAGCAGCAUCAGCAGCAGCUGGGAACUUGAUAUAAGUGCAAAUCCUCAGCUCCCUACUACAGACCUACUAAAUCAGAAACCUUGGAGCACAGUUCAGCGGUUCGUAUCUAAUAAGCCCUGCAGGCAAUUCUGAUGCAUGCUUAACUCUGAGGACUACUGCAUGCAGUCAUCUGUGGGCCAGCAUCAAACCCACAUCUGUUAAAGAGUCAUUCAGCAAAGUGAGAUCUAAGACGUAAGCAGUGCUCACUCUGUGUCAGGGGCUGAGCGGGUGGCUUUGCAUGUGCUGACUCAUUCAAUCCUCAAGCCAACCCUGAGGUCAGGUUCUAUGAUCAUUUCUACAUUUUACAGGUGAUAUAAAUGCUGCUUUUCACCAGAAGCCACAGUUCUGGGAUCUCAGAAGUGAUGGAUGGUACUAGGCCCAGCUCAUAGAUUGGUCCAUGUUGGCUAAGUAGUAUGGCAUCUGGCUGGCCGUUCCCUGGGUGACUUUUCUUAAAAUGCCCUUCAGAAGCUGUCCUGCCACCUGAGAGGUGGAGCAGUGGGGAGAAUGAUCACUUCAGAGCUGGAGAAUCAGGCAAGCGGAGUGAGAGAAGCCGGAAGACAAGUGAAGGAAGUGAGGCCUGUGGGAGAUAUAGGGUCCCACAGAGAACUGUUUCUUCAGAUGAGGUCCCUGUAGCAGCAGCAUCAACAAUGUCUUAGAGCCUAUUAGAAAUGCAGAAUCAGCUGGGCGCAGUGGCUGAUGCCUGUAACCCCAGCACUUUGGGAGGCCGAGGCGGGUGGAUCACGAGGUCAAGAGAUCGAGACCAUCCUGGCCAAGAUGGUGAAACCCCAUCUCUACUAAAAACAAAAACAAAAACAGAUAUUAGCUGGGCAUGGUGGCACGCACCUGUAGUCCCAGCUACUUGGGAAGCUGAGGCAGGAGAAUUGCUUGAACCUGGGAGGCAGAGGUUGCAGUGAGCUGAGAUCAUGCCACUGCCCUCCAGCCUGGUGACAAAGUAAGACUCCAUCUCAGAAAAAAAAAAAAAAAAAAGGCAGAAUCGUGGGCCCAACUUGGGACUUUGAAUCUUAAUCUGCAUGUUAAUAAGAUCCCCAGGGAUUUGUGGGCACAUUGAAGUUCAAGAAGUCCUGGGUUAGGCAGACUGGCAGAUCCCUGACCCCGUCCCACUACAGGAUAACGGGAAUCUGGCAUCUGCACCAUGCUCAGUCCAGCUCCACAGGGGCGCCGCCUCCCUCAUUGGCACAAGCAUCCCCUCAGUUAACCCAGGAAGUUGAGGUCACUGGAGGAAGCCUCCAGCCCUUAAAACCCCACAGCCAAACUAGUACAGCGAGUGGGAUGCUCUCACCCUGCUGAGUUACCACUUCCCAGGGUGGAGGAUCUUCACUUCCUUUAUGUCUCUUCCUAAAAUGUGGGUUCUGGGUUCUAACCCAGGCUCCGCCACUUACUGACUGUGAUCUUGGAAGUUGCUAAAGUUCUCUGCACCUUGACUUUCCUUUUCUGUAGUAUGGUGGUAGCAGUUUUUCUAGACCAUACCUUCUUUUGGUGCAUAUAUCUAAGCUAAUACAUACAGCAUGCUUAGAAGAAUGGUUGGCACAUAACGCCAUUAACAUCUGCCACUUGCUGUCAGCCUUCCAUCUUUCCCUCCUCUGGGUGGCCAGGGUGGGAUGGGUGGGAUGAAGGGAAGGUGGUGCUGACCUGGGAGGAGUCAGGAAAAGCAGCGCGAAGGCAGGGAUACUGGAUUGGAGGUGAUUCCUAAAGGGUAAAGAAGGAAAUGUGUUUGUAAGACACUGAGGUGUGCCAGGCUCAGUGCCAGGCAUUUUCCUCCCUGCCACAGUUAUACCAGGAUAGUGCUGUUAUUUUAUAAUCCUACAGAUGAGGACUGAGGCCCCAGAAAGGCAGUGACCAAGCCAAGAUAUUGCAGUUAGUGAGGGGUGGAGCUCAUGCUUGGUGGGGUCUGCCUGGCUGGCUUAACCUCAGCCACCCUCAUGUGCCCUAUCACUGCUCUUAUUGUCCCGAGCUCUGUGCCUCCCAGACACCCUCUCUCCUGCUGACCAGCUCAAAUGCACCUUGCAGACUCUUCUGGAGAUAGUGGUGAAGGGAGCUCAGGUGAAAGCGGCCAAGGUUGAGGGUGAGCAGGUGGACAGCACAGUGAAAUUGGAGGCCACGUUACAGGAGGAGGCAGGAGCAUGGGGAGAAGGAGCCGCAGAAUCUACCCCAGGAAACAAAGGAAGUGGAAGAAGCCACCUCUGAGAGGCCAGUGGCUGACCAGCAGCCAGAAGUGCCUGAUGUGAUCCUGCCCUCAGAGGCCCUGAAGAACACUGCCCCUGUGCUGGAGGUCUGGAAGGAAGAGGAAAUGACUAAAGAAGAAAUGGAUGUACUUAACGACGCCUGUUCUAAACUGAAGGAGCAAAAGAGGCCCCUGACCAAGGAGAACGAGGAGCUGGAGCUGCUGAAGGGGGAUGUCCAGGACUAUAGUGAUGACUUGCAAGAGAUCAAGAAGGAAGUUGAGACCAGCAAAGAAAAAUACAUAAAAAAAUCUGAAGCCACCAAGAGACUGACAAAGAGAGUUCAGCAGAUCAUCUGGUGGAUAGAGCUGGAGAUGCAUCAGAGGCCUGGCAAGCUGGGUCCGGCAGAGGGCUCAGGGGGAGUAGGGGAGAAAGUCAUCAGUCUCACUGAGCUCAUCAGCAACAGGAAGCAAAUUAAGAACAUUCCAGAAAACAAGCUGAUGAGCUUGGCCUCAACACUGCAUAAAAAUAAGGAUGGCAAGCUCGACAUUGACAAUCUUUUUAAGGCGAUUGAACUGGUGCGCAAAGAUGUUUAUAUCCCUACCAGUCAGGUGGCUGAGAUGGUAGCAAUGCUGGGGAAGGAGGAGAAGGUGGAGGGGAAGAAGAAGGCUAAGGGAAGGGCUGAGAAGGAGGCUACAGAAGUGAAGAAUUAGGGCUGGUCUCGGCUCUGGGGCAUGCUGGUGGCUCUGCAGGUAUCUGCCUCCAUCCCGCUUCACUAGCUUUUGUGGUAACAACCGUAAUAGUGGUCACUUUGAGGUAAUUCUUAAUGGCAAUCUAAUACUUUGUCUGAAAUAAGUGAGAAGCUUCCAUUAAGAAAAAAGAAAAGACAAAAGAAAAUGGAGAGGUAUUCCGUGUUCACAGAUAGGAAAAUUUAAUAUCACUAGAUCACUCUU